GCGAGGUAAAAGAAGAAGAGAAAACACGCGCUGUCACUAGCACGAGCGAGUCAUUUUGGAACAGCGUCUGUUACCGUCCCGAACAUGGAUGCCAAGAAAAGCGUGGAACCUGAUGCAUCGAAGAAGUCGCGUCGGAAGAAGUCCGUCGCUUCGUCGCGUCCCCUUGAAAUCGAAACUGAUGUUUCACGAAUCAGCAAGCGCGGGUUAGGAAACAAGGCUUCAGCUGGACUCAAAGAAACAAAGGGCUCGAAGGACACCCUGACACAGCAUACGAGCAAGAAGUCUGCUAGCGAGGAAGAAGAUCGCAGAAAGACCACGGAGAGCACAAGGAACAAAAAGACAACUCUAUCAACACAGCGCAAGCGUCCCUCACAAACGCUACCUGAACCGCCAGUGCUGCUUACGCAAGAUGUUGUAACGCCUUCGCCCCUACGGGCUCUUUCGGAAAAAAUCGACCUCUUGAACCUGGGACAUCCAAAUACAAGCCCUCCGCAAGGACCUGCGAAAGAGGAGGAGACUACGAACAAACUAGACAAGCGAAGAUAUUCCAAGCAAAGAGAAACAAGGACAUCAGAAAAACUGAACAUAUCUAAAACUGCUCGGAAAUCGGCCACACCAAUGUUAACAGCCGCCAUCCUCAUCGUCCUCCUCAUCGUUGUCAUCGCCUUCGCCUCAGUCAUCUUGAUCUACAAGCAUUACAAGAAACAACAAGAGCGAAAUAUUAUACAGUGCAAGACAACUGCAUGCAAACGGAUCCAGGGGGAAAUAGAUGACCUACUGGACAAGAAGAUUGAUCCAUGCACCGACUUUUACGGAUAUGUCUGCCGUAAGUGGAUACCACAUUCACCCAACGGGACAACGGGAUUUAUACAGGAUGUAUUAGAUACUUACUAUCAUGCCCUCAUAUCGGCCCUCGAGUCUCCCGAGACAAGGGAGCCAGACACAUUCGGGAUGCAUGUCAUGGCGAAAUUGUUUGGAGUAUGUGUGGACUACAUGACCAAAGACAAGGGUACCUUCACGGACGCCGUUGGAAGAGUCAUAGACUUACUGAAGCUGGACAUGAUUAUCGAUCGCAAGCAACAGCUACUACCGUUCCUUGUGGGGUUAUCUCUGUCGCGUAACAUACACUCGGUGUUUUUUAUUCAAUUUCGCCGCAUGGGAAACAACAGAUAUGUGCAAAUCGAAUAUGGUGAUACUAUGUUCUCAAAGAUGAACGACGUUCUGCCUAAAUUCGCGGUACGUAGUACGUUCGACGUAUUUUACGCGAUGAUGAAGAGCAUGACGUCGAAAUUUCUGAAGCAUCCUCGUGUCAACUCUGACAUCGCCCCGGACGUUAUGUUAGGGGUAGAUUUCCGUAUUGCCGAUCUCCUACGUACAAAACCGACCGUGUCUUACGCAACGUUCGCCGAUCUGACAGCAUUUAUAUCACGCGAAGGGCUGAAAAACUUCAUAGAGGUCAUCAACAAGUACGCGCCACCAGGAUUUAAAGUCGGCCUCAGCAGCACAGUCAGAUUCUCGGGAAUGCGGACUAUGACAGCUGUAAAUGCACUGCUCGUCAAUGAAAGUGCCGGGAUGCGGGAAACAUACCACACACUGAACAUAGCGACUAGUCUUCUCAGGUACACUGCGUUCAAAGACGAAGCCCAGAGAAGCCCUGCGAUAGUUCCGUACAUGUGCUUGCGUGCAACAAGGAUUGCCUUUACUAACACGUGGGGACUGCUCAUAGCCCGACUGAUAGGCGAUCCAAGGCGCGGAACAGCAGCCCGAGAGCUUGCUACAAGAGUCAGGGACAUGGUUCUGGAAGAAACUGUUUUCGAAAAUUUUACGUCCCUCGACCGAGAAAGAGGUAAGACAUUACUGCGAGAAACAAUGUUGGUCACUUACGAUGAUGCGCAUACUACAAAGAUGACCGAAUACAUCGAUUACACAACUUGGAAUCUUCAAGGAAACCACCCGUUUGAGGUUUUUCUUGAAGCCGGAGAAAAGGAAAGUAUCAUGCUGCGUCGGUCCUUUUCCGUCGAGUUUGCCGUCAAGGCCAGUUUGGUCCAAUUAAAUCCAGAUAUAACGUACUACAAAAUAGAAUCGAGUACAGAGUCGGGUACCACGAGAUACCUGGCGGUACCCACAGCAUAUCAGAUUCCUCCUCUAUUGUACUUCGAAGAGAUGAAUGAGAUUCCGCUUUACAUCAACAUGGCCACCAUUGGCGCUCUGGUCGCGAAGGAGAUGGUGCGUCCUUUGGCGUCGUCAUUUAAGUCCAGCAAGUCCACCAAGGCGCUUAAUGAGUCUCUGAAAUGCGUCAAGAAAGUUGCGGCAGCACAGGGUGUACGCUUCGAAGAUGGAGGUGACCUGUGGGAGAACGAAGUCGUCCUGCGGUACUACGGGUUCCGAAUCGUCUACGAAGGGCUCAGGCGCAUCCUGCUCAGCUUGGGGGAGUCAACAACCGGGGAUAUUUGGAAGGAAGCCCAGCGUUACCUGUUCGUCCGCUUCUGCAUGCUGGCAUGCGCAAGCGACAGUCCGAGCAAUCGACAGAUAUUCAAAGCGAACUGUAUGCUUACAGUGUUGACAAACCCAGAGUUUGCCACUGUCUUCGGUUGUACUGGAAAGGCUGCUUUCAAGGCCAACUGCUAACAAUGUCACUGCAUAUAAAUUGACCGUUUGCUGCAAGAGCAUGUCUGAGAAUACAGCGUAAUUUUUGUG